UCACAAUGUUGACUGUUGUUAUAAGUAAUUUGUGUAUGUGCGUGUGCGUGCGCGCUUUCACACCAGUUGUUGGCUGUUAUAACUUGUAAGUAAAAGUAAACUAUAGUCGUCGUGAUAACGGGGAUCGAGAAGGACUGGGGGAGAUGACGUGAAAAAACGAAAACAGUACCUUACUAAUAAAAAAAAAAAAAAACAACAACAUUCAGUCACAGUGUAUAAUAUGUCUACCUACGCACAACAAUCAACAAUAUUAUUGGCGUUUGAUCGGUUCAAGUGUGUAUUUCCCGUGUAAAAAUAAACGGUGGCUUAAGCAGAAGACACGCGGCUAAACCUUUGUUUAGUACUCUACUUUUAAACGUGGUCCAAGGUUCCUUCGAGGCGAUAUGUCGACAUCGAUCGUUAGCACUCGCGGUUAAUGUGCGAUUUAUUUUAAUUUUCAUGUCACCCAUGUAAACAAUUGGCGUACCAAAAAUCAAACAAAAAUGCCCAUCCAAGCGCCACAAUGGACGGAUUUCCUGUCUUGCCCGGUGUGCUGCAAUAGUUUUGAUGUUAAAGUGAGGCACCCUAUUAGCUUAGGAUGUGCCCACACCGUUUGCAAGUCGUGUCUUUCCAAUUUGCCAAAAAAACAAUGCCCGUUUGAUCAAAAUUUAAUAAGCAUAGAAGUGGAACAACUCCCAAUCAAUUAUGCUUUACUUCAGUUAGUAGGAGCAUCAAUACCAACUAAUGACACUAUUCCAAAAUCGCUAUUCAAAUCCAUGAUAGUUGAAGAAAGACAACUGUAUAACAAAUCAAAAAAAUGUGUAGAACACCUUGCUCUUUAUCUAAAAUCAUUUGCAACUGGUGGUGGGCAAUCGACAAGUGCUGGGCUUUCACGUCCUAUGCAGCGUAAAUUAGUGACUCUGGUUAACUGUCAGUUAUUAGAAAAUGAAGGCCGCUUAAGAGCCAUUAGAGCAGCAAGAUCGUUAGGAGAACGUAGCAUGACCGAGUUAAUACUUCAUCAUCAAAGUGCUCAACAGUUGUCCACAAACUUAUGGGCAGCUGUGAGAGCUCGUGGCUGUCAGUUCUUAGGACCAGCGAUGCAAGAAGAAGUACUAAAACUUGUUUUGUUAGCUCUCGAAGAUGGUUCUGCUUUGUCCAGAAAAGUAUUGGUAAUGUUUGUCGUUCAACGAUUAGAACCUCAUUUUCCACAAGCAUCUAAGACUAGCAUUGGACAUGUUGUUCAAUUACUCUACAGAGCUUCAUGUUUUAAGGUAUCAAAACGUGAAGGCGAUUCGUCACUAAUGCAGUUAAAAGAAGAGUUUCGUACAUAUGAGAGUUUAAGACGUGAACACGAUGCUCAAAUUGUAGAAAUAGCCACUGAAGCUGGACUUCGAAUAGCUCCUGAUCAAUGGUCAGCACUUCUCUAUGGUGAUUCCUCACACAAAUCACAUAUGCAAAGUAUUAUGGACAAAUUACAAAGCCCACAAUCUUUUUCACAAUCUGUUCAAGAACUUAUUAUUGCUUUACAACGUACUGGUGAUCCAGCAAAAUUAUCAUCUUUGAGACCAGAUUUUGAACUUUUGGCAGCUGUCGACCCUAAUCCUAGUCUUGAAUGGUGUACAUGGGAAAAAUUGUAUUCUGUUCUUGAGAGCGCUAGAGUAGUAGUCGCAGGCUUGACAGAUUUUGUGAGAUCACAUGGAAAUAGCAAUAAAGGAAUUAAGAGUGAAUCAGUUCAAAGCCAAUCAAGUACAUCUAGGUACAAAGUUAGUAUGUGUAGAGAUUUAAUGAUGCGAGGAACUUGUCCCCGAGGCGCUGGCUGUACAUUUGCCCAUUCUGAAGACGAGUUAGAAAAGUAUAGAAAUAAAAAUCGUAAACCACGAGGAGUUUCUAUUGGUGUGGACCAUGAACUGUUGACAAAUAAACCCAAGUUUAUGCCUAAAGAACAAUAUGAUUUUUUGCGCAACAAAAAGCCAUUGAUGUUGCCUGAAAACACACAAGAAAUUACUACUAUUCCAGUUGAACAUUCGUAUAUUGUGCCAAGCGGACAAGCAUAUUUUCAAUCUGGGCAGCAACAAAUGUACCCAGUUGGACAAUAUGGUCAUGAUAUUUACGGCCCUGGACCACAUCCACAUGGUGUGUUAAUAAAUCCAAACAAUCAAAUGUAUAUGGAUCAAAAUGUGCCUGGUCAUUCGAAUAAAAUGAAAAAUUUGUCUACGAAUUUGAUAUCUCUUCAAAAUCGCAAACAAGAAUUGAUGGGUCAGUUGGAUAGAGUAAUGACUGCUUGUGCUCUAACACCUGAUCAAGUUGAUUUUGAUCGUUAUUCUAUGUGGGAUAAUGGCCUGUUUCACCCCAAAACUGGAGUACCUUCACCUGUUAACAUUCAAUCUGGACGACCCGUAUUAAUUAGAUCGGAUUCAAUUUUAGCUGAUCCAGACGAGUUUGUUCCAUUUGACUUGGCUGUAAAUGGUAAAUAUGGACCAAUAGGAGGAAACGGAGGAAACCCAGUCGCUGAACCACCACCACCACCAGCUAUCAGUAAUCAACCUGGCGGAAAUGGAAAAUCCAUGCGCCGUCCAUGUAGUUUGUCAAUACCAUCGCAAGCAGCAGCAGCUGCAGCUGCACAAGCUCAAUUUUUCAGUUCUACUACCACUACAACUAUUACUACACCUUUGGGUACUCUGCGUGGUACAAGAAACAGUCCAGUGGCUGCGUCAUGGUUUUUUAAUUCACCACAGGGAUUCCCUGCAGCCGCACAUAUAGUUGCAUCCCCGGUAGGAGCGAUUGGACAAAGUUACAUUACUAUUCAUAGUCCAGCUGGCAUGAUGGAACCACCUAAUUUUUUUGCCAAUCAUAAAACGUCUAAAAAUUUAGUUGCUGAAUCUCAAAAAAUGAAAAAUCAAUUGAAGAGUCUUGAAAAGAAAAUCAAUGACCUUAGACUCGCUACUCACAAUGUUGCUGCUAAAGAAACUGAAAAAUUGUCUGAGGAAUUAGCGCAAAUUGAAAAAGACAUUCAGACAAAAGAACAACAAUUUUUGACUCAGUGGCAUUCUGAAACGGCCACUAUAACUACAUGGGGAGAAGGCAUUUGGUCAAGUACCACGUCUACUGGUUUCACUACUCAACAAGACGAUGCUUAUAACAGUAAUGUUGUUAAACAGGCAGAAGUGAAAUGGGAUGGUAGUGAAAAUGAUACAGAAAGGGCUAUAGUCGAAGAAGUGUAAACAGCCCUUAGACCGGUUCAACAAUUAUAAGAUAAAUUAUUUAUUUGAUUUUUUAGUGAAUUUUUUCUACCAUUAUAUAUUAUUCGACAAACAUAUACUUAAUGCUUAAUUAGUUGAAAUAUUGUGAUAUUAUUGUAUUUAUAUUAUUUUAAUUAUUGUUUUCUUGUAUGACAUGAAAUUUUAACGUGUUUUUUAAUAUUUUUUUAAUUUAUAUUCUGAAUCGAAUUAAAUACAAUUGUGACUUAACAAAUUUUUUUUUUUUUAAGUAACAUAAUUUGUUACAAAGUGAAAAUAUGUGAUUUAUUUAUUUACUUUUUUUGUCAUUUUUUAUUAAUUUUUGAAAGAAUUAUCAUGUAAUAUUUUAUAUGUAUAAUUAUACUGCAAUUCUCCAUGGUUACCAUAAUUGUUUGUUCUAAAAAAAUAAACGUGCAAAACGUACAAUAAUGUUUAUUGUCAU